UUCGUCUCCCGGAAAAUACCGUAAGACAUAGCAGCAGAGGAAAACUCGGCUAAGGUAGCCCCCCUUUUUAAUCAAACCUUGCUGGACAAGUACACAUUUGUGAAAAAUCAUCUUUGAUCAAGGUUGUAGCCACACACUGAAGUUUCAGAACCUCAUCUGAAUCAUGGGGAACCUUUUUGGGAAUUUGCUGAAAAGCCUCAUAGGGAAGAAGGAGAUGAGGAUCUUGAUGGUGGGCCUCGAUGCUGCAGGAAAAACUACAAUCCUAUACAAACUCAAACUGGGGGAAAUAGUCACCACCAUCCCAACCAUCGGGUUUAACGUGGAGACAGUGGAGUACAAGAACAUCAGCUUCACUGUGUGGGAUGUGGGCGGGCAGGACAAGAUCCGCCCCCUGUGGAGACACUACUUUCAGAACACACAGGGUCUAAUCUUCGUGGUGGACAGUAACGACAGAGAGCGUGUGAACGAAGCACGGGAGGAGCUGAUGAGGAUGUUAGCUGAGGACGAACUGAGGGAUGCAGUCCUCCUUGUGUUUGCCAACAAACAGGACUUACCGAACGCCAUGAAUUCCGCUGAGAUCACAGACAAGUUGGGCUUACACUCCCUGCGUCACCGUAACUGGUACAUCCAGGCCACCUGCGCCACCAGCGGAGACGGCCUCUACGAGGGUCUUGAUUGGCUGGCCAAUCAACUCAAGAACAAAAAAUAAACAGGAACAAGCAGCCGUCCAACUUUCUAUUUGUUCCUGGAACGGGGGCUUCGGUUAGGUACGGGAGAUUUGAUCAAUAGGUGAAAAGCAAGAUUCAUGGUUUAAGGGAUAUUUUAGGCUUUCAUUUUCAGUCUGUUGAUCUCUAAGUAGUUAACCUGUUAAGCCCCAUAGCCCCUGCCCGAAACUGUGUCUUAGGGCUUUUUAACAUUUAACAACCUAUUAAUGUGUCAUACCCACUUAACGGGAAGAAACUCAGCUAACUGACGAUAUUAAAACAUUUUGCAGAAACAAAACACAACUCUAAUGCCGAGCGUCUGAAUUAGCACUAAGUGAAAGAGUGCUAACGCACUUAGCACAUAACUCACAGUAGAAAUAUUUUAUACUUCAUCGGAUCUGCACAAACAAGACAUAAAAUUCGCGGCAGCGAAGGCAAAACCAGACAACACACAACUUAGCUUUACGUAGCCAAAACGGCAAAUACGUCGUACCUUUGCUGUUUCUGAUCAAAAGUUGUGAUCAAUGGCAUUAAAAUGCAUGAAAACGCUGCUGAAGGUUAAGCCAAUGUCUCUGUGUCACUUUGAAAUGAUUACUGA